AUGCCGGCUUCUAUAGGCCUUUUAUCAGACUUUAGCUUGAUUUCUAGGCCCUUGUGCAGUUUGCUUGCAAAGGAUGCCCCUUUUAUCUUUGAUGAUAAAUGCCUUCAUGCUUUCCACACCCUUCAUGAUUCAUUGGCUAAAGCACCCAUUAUGAGGUCACCUGAUUGGUCUUACCCCUUUGAGAUCAUGUGUGAUGCGUCCGACUAUGCUAUUGGUGCUGCUUUAGGCCAAAGGGUUGAUGGGAAGCCUGUUAUGAUUUACUAUGCUAGUAAAAUCCUCUCUGAUGCUCAGAUGAAUUACACCACUACUGAGGAGUUACUCGUAGUAGUUUUUGUCCUUGAUAAGUUUAGAUCAUAUCUUUUGGGCUUGAAGAUUAGUGCUGAGAGAUAUGCUGACAUGCAUCAGAUGCAAGUGAGAGAAGAUGCUGAGUUCUUGGAGCGGAUACGAGAUAUCCAGCGGUUGUCAGAGGAGAACAAGCCACUUCGGAGUCAGCUGGCAUCUACAAGACUCUUUUCAUCGCCAUCAGAGGCAUAUGAUGAUGAUGAUGACGAUGAUGGUGACCAUGGUGAUGGCGGGGCAAUGAUGGUGGUAACUACUAUGAUGAUGAUGAUGAUGAUGAUGAGGGCAGCGGUGACGAUGAUGAGUUCAUCCCAGAGCUCGAGAACAAAGCUUCGUCCUCUGAUGGGGAGAACUAGCCUCCUGCCACUCUCCCAGUUAUUAUAA